CCUUGCAUUUGUAAUGAUAUCAAAUGGGAGUCAUUUACGUGUUUUGAGAGGACCUUAUCAGCCCACACCUAGGUAACCUUUUCCUUAUCAGCUGUUCCUACCCGAAGUAGUGGCUUAUCAAGCUACCAGGUAAAGGACACUAUCCAAUAUUCCGCGUUAUAACAACUAACAUGGAUAAAAUCCAAACCUGUACGGACACCUGUUACUAAGGACAACAAUCUGUCGUGAAUUUUUUUAUUAUUUUAUGAGAAUUACAUUUUUCGUUACUUUUGAAAUUAUAUACCAGUGCUCCAAAAAGAGGACAAGAUGCCACUAGAAUAGCCCUAAAUCGUUCGGCCAUCUUGAAUAUCAGUACCUCAAUGGAUUAAAGAAUUAAAUUUAUUGAAAAUAAAUGAAGGAACUCCAAAUAUCAUGGCGUAUGGUUACUUUUACUUGGUAUUGGCGGUUUGGGUGCUAUCUAUAACGCACACAGAGGGGGUUUGUAACAUACCAAACUUUAUUGAAAUAAAAGAAGAUGCGACUGGUAAUAUUCUCAAUAAUUCAAUCACACUUGAUGUUCCGUUUACUUGGGACAUAACCGAAGUAUCAGGUCAUCCUAUUAAUAGUCUAAGCUUUGAAAACCAGCAAAAAAUUAAUGGAUACUUUUCAUGGGGCAGGAAUAAUGCGUCAGUUUGGAUCAACGUUGUAAAGGCAAUUGAUAAAGAAAGUCUCGUUGUAGUGAUUGGGAUAAUUGUGAGUAAUAUCAAAUUACGAGUAACAUGUGACAAGGCUUUAACGGAUAUGACAGUUGUUAUUAGGUCUGUGAAUGAAUUUCCGCCGGAGUUUGGAUCAAAUGUUUACUACAUAAAUGUUUCAGAGAACACUGCCGCAGGAACAAGUGUAUACACCAUCAACGACGUCACUGACAGGGAUGUAGACGAAUCCAAUGAUCGAAUAUAUACUGUUUCAAGAGACCUUCAAGAGUUCGAUGGAACCCCGUAUUUCGGAAUGGAGGCUGGCAGUAUCCCAAAUAUUGUCCUUCUACAACCUAUUGACUAUGAUGCAAUAGUUGAAGCCGGGAAGGUCCCGACAUAUCUUAUCAAAGUGACUGUUGCGGAUCAUGGUGGAAGAACAGACAAUGCUCGUUUUAACUUUACAAUCAUCAAUGAAGAUGACCAGCCUCCUGCCUUCAUACCGAGCUGUGGCAUCAGCUGUACACCCAGUUAUACUGCGAUUGUCCCUUUAGGACAUAGAGGACCACUGACCAACGUUACACCUGCAGCUCUCCAAGCAGCUGACCUGGAUAAGCAGCAUACAGUGAGAUAUAGUCUUGUUCAAGAUUCCGAGGAGUAUUACAGGGGUUUUAGCAUAGACGCAGAUACUGGUGUCUUGACUGCGCUCUCCGCUGUUCUACGGACAGCUGUUUUACAGAUCAAAGUAACAGAGAAUUCUUCUUUACAAAGGUCAGCAGUAGCAACUAUGCUUGUUAAGAUUUCAACCAAUACGACAGUAGUAGAACCACCGAGAGUAGGUCAAUCAGUCCUUAAGGAAGAAGAUGAUAAUAUGUUAAUAAUAGUCAUCGUUGUCGGCAUCAUCUCUCUCCUUGUCAUCGUUGCUUUGAUUAUAGCUCUCACUGUAUAUUGCAAAAGACAGAGAAAGAAAACGAUAAAACCUGGAGAUGUAGGCUCGUCUCCUUCAGGCUCACAAGACGCUUUGAAUGCCGACAAGGAACUUAGUAGCAGCAAACAGGAACUUUUACAGUCAUACGCCAUGUUUAUGACGUCACCUGAUGGUAAGAAUGAUCAGCUUCCGCCAAUCAGCAAAGUAGAUAUGAUGAUAGGAACCGACGAAUUCAAGAAAAGGUCGAGAAAACGAAAGAAGAAAGAAUUAGAGGUUUUUGAUGGGACAAGAGAAUAUGAUAUGGAGGCAGAUAUCAACUUCUUCAAGCAAGGAACGAAGUCUAAAAUCAAACGAUCGACACGUAGUAUCAAAGAACAAAAACUGGAUCCAAAGUAUUGGAUUACAGUACAAAAUGGCUACUUGGAAUAGGGAUUUUUCUAUGUUUUUUUUGGUAGAUAUUAGAUAUAUAAGUGCCAUAAGUUGACUGUGAUAAGAUACUGUAUGACAUUAGUUUUGAAUUUGUGUGAAAAAGAGCUUCAUUAUACAUGUAAUAUUUAUGUUUGAUAACAGUGACAGUUUUUAUUUAUUUUAUAUAAAAAAAAAAAAACUUCGUAUGUACGUUCUAAUUUCCCAAUAUUGGAUAAUUCUACAUGUGUACUCGUAGUUUACACUUGUAAUGAUUACUUUGUAAAUGAUUGGACACAAAGUAAAUAAAACAGAAUAUU